UUCCACCAGAUCUCCCCGCACCAUCACUUAUCUCGCAUGUCAGGUAGUGCGGGGCAAUACUUGAACAUUGACAUAGGGAGAGGUUUGCAGAAGGUCAUGCAGUGGCCUGACGGAUUUGGGCUUGUCAUCCGGAAUAGUUCGGACCACUCGCAGUGCAUUUUUUCGUCUACGAGGCAGAAACUGAAAGAUCUUCUUUCAAAUACUUGGAUCUAUGGACGCGUGUUCAUAACCACGACACUUCCAUCUUCUGCACGAAAUCUGCCCAAUUAUCAAUAUGCCUUCAAUUGCACAGGCAGGCCCUGACUACGACGUCCUCAUCAUUGGUGCUGGACUCUCUGGUAUAUGUAGCCUGUACCAUAUUCGAAAGCGUUUCCCCGAAUGGCGCGUUAAGAUUCUCGACAAUGCGCCCGAUGUCGGCGGGACGUGGUACUGGAACCAAUACCCUGGAUGUCGGUUCGACUCUGAGUCUCUUUCAUACAGUUUCUCGUUCGACAAGGAACUUCUGGACGAGUGGCACUGGAAGGAGGCGUUCUCCCCGCAACCUGAGACGCACAAAUACAUCAAGCGCGUUGCGGAGAAGCACGACAUGUACAAGGACAUCCAAUUCAAUACUCAGAUCAAGACUGCCCGUUGGAACGACAAAGACCAUACCUGGUUGUUUGUAGACGCUGACGGCAAGGAAUACACAACGCGAUUCUUCCUUAGUUGCCUGGGUUUCUUGUCUGCGCCUACAUUGCCUGCUAUCCCUGGGAUUCAAAAUUUCCAGGGCGAAGCUUUCCACACCUCGCGAUGGCCAUCGGAUCUAGAUAUAAGCCGCGACUUUGCGAACAAGCGCAUUGGCAUCAUUGGGACUGGCGCCACUGGCAUCCAAACAAUCACAGCUGUCUCACAGCAACCGGGUUUCAGGUCUCUCAGCGUUUUCCAAAGAACGGCAAAUUGGUCAGCGCCACUGCGCAACUUCGAAGUCACUACCGAGCAGAUGGAUAUCUACCGAACCGAGUACGACGCUGUUUUCAAGACAUGCGCGGAGACUUCGACAUGCUUCAUGCACCAAGCCGAUCCUCGCAAAUCUGCCGACGUGACACAUGAAGAGCGUCUCGCGCUUUGGGAGAAGAUGUACAAUGCGCCUGGCUUUGGCAAGUGGCUGGGGGUUUUCAGCGAUACGUACACUGACCGACAAGCGAACGAAUUGUACUCGAAGUAUAUGGCGCAGAAAAUUCGUCAGCGAGUGCACGAUCCUGAGACGGCAGAGAGCCUUGUACCCAAAAACCAUGGGUUUGGGACGAGACGGGUUCCGCUCGAGAGCGGCUACUUUGAGGCGUACAACGAACCGAACAUCAACUUAGUCGACUUGCAGAAGACCCCAAUUACAGGCAUCGUGGCAGACGGCAUUAACACGUCAGAUGGCAAGAAACACGAGCUGGACGUUCUGAUUUACGCCACUGGCUUCGAUGCGAUCACCGGCGCUUUCAAUGCAAUUGAAUGGCAUGGCAAGGACGAUCGGCCCCUUAUCGCCAGCAGUGAUAGUAAGGAGGGCAAGAGAGCUAUCUGGCCUGACCACAAGCCCCAUACCUUCCUCGGCAUCACAGUGCCUUCAAUGCCGAACAUGUUUAUGACGCUCGGUCCUCAUCAGCCCUUUGGCAAUGCCACGCGAAGCAUCGAGCAUGCAGUGCAGGUCAUUGAGAACCUGCUUCAGUACUGUAAGGACAACAAUCACACAUCUGUUGAGCCGACGCAGGAGGCAGUCGACGCAUGGACAGAGCAUGUUUGUGAGUGUAGCAAAGGCGGCUUGAUCAACGAGGUCGAUAGCUGGAUGACAGGCGUCAACAAGAAUGUCGAAGGUAAGACUCAGAGGAGCUAUCACCCUGCGCGAUACACUGGUAGCGCGAUCGAGUACCGCAGGAGGUGUGAGGAGUGUAGGACAUCGGGUUAUAAAGGACUUGUAUUUGCAUAGAUAGUACGAAUUGUAGAUAUAUAGUUCAAAUCAUCCUAGCACAUGUAUUGAGUGCAGUGGGACAUGAC